AUGUCAAUGGAACUGCAACAAUUGAUGAUCGCUGCUGGCGAUUCCCAAAUAAGAUGUAGUGUCUCUGUCCAGCCCCGGACAGCACGUGGAUAUCCGGCUGAACAGACCACCUUCCAGCCUGGGAGACCGCUGCGACAGUCAGGCAGGGCAUAG